GUAACACAGUAACCCCGUUUUGUGGCCGUGGAUACGUCGCUACAGGGGUUAAACGCGGACACGGACUACUAAAAAGAAAGACUACUAAUAUGAAAAUAUUCUGGUGUGGUUCGCGUUGCGUUUGUGGAGUUCGGAGUGGCGAGGAAAGCGUUUUGUUUUAUUCAACCUGGUUGAACGGGAAAGACGUAAUGUGUCCCAAACCGAAGAGUAAGUUAGUGCUGGAAAUGGAUCGGGUAAGCAUAAGAGUAUAUAAUAGAUACAUAUUUGUCUGCAAAGGGAAUGUGUAGGGUAAGCAUAAGAGUAUAUAAUAGCUCUUUAUUAGCAGAAGCUUAGCUAGACAGAAACCGGGUCGGGUUCGAGCAGAUGUGAUCGGAGAAUUAAGGGACACAUUAACUGGAUCGUUAGUUGUCAGUCUGUUAUUUAAGUGGUGCAUGCAAUACUAUUUCACAGACAAGACUAGCAGCCCUCGUCGCUUUGCCAAAAAAAGCAACCUAUUUUCCCGUGGGACGUUUUUUUUCGGUGACAUAACCCAGCCACCAUGGAUAUAUUGGAGUGUCCGCUCUGCCUCUUCCUGAUGUGCGAGCCGGUGACCAUGGCGUGCGGCCACACGUUCUGCCGGAGGUGCGUGGGGGGCUACCUGCCGUCCAAAUGCCCGGUGUGCAAAGAGAGGUUAAAACAAAGAGACGUGAAAAGCAUGAAGAACAACAUCAUGCUCAUCAGCGUUAUCGAGAAGUGCUGCCCCGACGAGACAAAGACCAAGUACCAAGUACAGGAGAAGCUCAAAUCCAACGACUUCACGGAAGCUUUACGCAUCGCCAACGAGGGGUUACACUUAGUCCCACAUGAUCAGAGUUUGAAAGUGUACCGAGCUGAAGCUAACUGGGGCCUGAUGCACUUCUCUGAUGCUCUGACAGACCUCGACUACCUCUGCUGCCUUCGUCCUAACUGGACUGAGGGCUUUUUACGUAAAGGGAAUGUUCUGCUGGAAAUGGGUCAGCAGACAGACGCCCUCAUCCAGUUCCACCGUUGCCUAAAACUCCAAGCUGACUUUGCCCCUGCGAAGAGCCAGAUCAAGAAGAUUCUGGAGGCAGAGGGACGGACAGUGCCGGAGGAGGGGUCCUGCAUCUUGCAAGUGGUGUCCGAGUACCUGAAAGGGACCUGCCCCAUUACCAGCCUCAGUGGCUCCCAGGGGCCAACUCACCCUGACAAACAGGCAUGUGGGGACGAUCGAGAGGGAAAAGGGAGGAGAGAGGCACACGAGGGUUCCAAGGCGAAGUAUGAUACGGGUACCGAGUGCUGCCUCAGCCUCUGCCAAGCUGUCUCCUUCCUCCCUGCUGCUGAAGAGGACGAGGAGAUGAUGAUGAGGAAGGAAGAUGGGCACGGCCGGGGUGAAAGUGGUCACAGCAGGGAGAAAACUCUGAGUGUCCUCACCGUGUCAGACUUUGAGUGCCCUCUCUGCAUCAGGUUGUUUUAUGAGCCGGCCUCCACUCCCUGUGGCCACACCUUCUGCAAAAACUGCAUUGAGAGGAGUCUGGACCACAACCUGCGCUGUCCCCUCUGCAAACAGCCCCUACAAGAGUACUUCAAAAACAGGAAGUACAACCCCACGAUUCUGCUUCAGGACAUCAUGACCAGUCUUUUCCCUUCGCAGCUGGCAGAGAGGAAACAGGUCCAUGAAACGGAGAUGGCUGAACUGUCCAAUCUAACAAAGGACAUCCCUAUAUUUGUGUGCACGGUGGCGUACCCCGGCGUGCCCUGCCCCCUGCACAUCUUCGAGCCUCGAUACCGGCUGAUGAUGCGUCGCUGCAUGGAUACUGGCACCAAAAAGUUUGGCAUGUGCAGCUAUGAGCAUGGCAAGGGGUUUUCAGACUUUGGCUGCAUGUUGGAGAUCCUCAGUCUGGAGGUGCUGCCUGAUGGACGCUCCUUUGUGGACGCAGUGGGAGUAAGCAGGUUCAAGGUGUUGAGGAGAGGUCAGCGAGAUGGAUACAGCACUGCUGAUAUCGAGUACCUGGAGGACCUGAAGGUCGAAGGCAGUGAGUUGGAGGUUCUGGAGGGUCUCCAUGACAGUGUGUACCAGCAGGCUCAGGACUGGUACCAGCGCCUGGCUGUCCGCAUCCGCGAUCAGAUCAGCAGGCAGUACGGCACCAUGCCAGAGAAGGAUGAGAACAUUCAGGCUUCUUCCAACGGGCCGGCCUGGUGCUGGUGGCUGCUGUCCGUCCUCCAGCUGGACCCUGCCUAUCAAACCACCGUCCUGUCCCUGGCCUCCCUCAAAGACCGCUUGGGACACCUCCGCCUCGUCCUGGAGUACUUUUCUCAGAGCUAGACCCUCCUUAGCUCAGUGGUAUUGUGAAAAUGAUAAACCAAUGAAUCCAUCCACACAAAUAUUGGAGCUGGGUGUGCCCUGCAUCACCAAAUCAUGCGGUUAUAGCAGAAAGAAAGUGAUUUUAACACAUUACAGUUGUACAUUUGGCUGUUUUGAAGUUUGCAUGUGUUAUAUGUCUUACGCCGUCUUCUAUCCCAUGGGUUCAGAGUAUUUCCUGAACACACGUUGUACAUGGCUGACCAAAGAUGCUUCUUUCUUAGGUCGAUCGAAGGUGGUGAAUUAUUAUUUCUUGAUCAACUAAAUCAGUUUGAAAGACUAAGCACUAGGUGUCACUGUUUUUUCUCUCAAUUGUAAACAUGAGGAACAUACAGCGUCAGCCAAGCUAGGACAGUAUGCUGAGCUGUUAUGUGUUGCCUAUUCAAAUCAGACUCCUUGUAUUAACAUAGCGUGAUUUGGGAAUUAACAUUAAUAGCAUACACACUUUGUAGAGAUUUCUAGACAAUUAUUUCAGGACUAUGCACAUCAUUAUCAAAGUGAUUUGGAUGUUAGCCAUAGGGCACUGCUUGUAAUUCUGAUAAUUUAGUUGCAUCUAUUGGCCUUGGCAGGCAUUGACUAUGGCUCAUUUUAUACGAUUUAAUAACCUUAAGAGAUCACUAUUUAGUAUUAGACAUUGCAAUAAUAAUUUGUAAUUUCACAUGAAAAGGCAAUGACUGGAGGAUCUUUUUUUAAUAAUGAGAACUUCUGCUGGGUGACUUUCAGGAUUUGUCAUCAAGUGCUGGGAAAAGCCUGUGAAAUUAUGACAUUGAGGGGAUCAGUGAAUGGUAGGCGUGCUGUACCAGCUUUGUUUUACAGUAUAAACCUGUGUGAUGAUGCAGCACUGUAUGUAUGUGUGUCAGCUGUAAAUAAGUAAUUUUCUCUGGAGCCAUUUUCAUGACUUUCAUUAUCCGUUUUUUAAAUGUCAUAUGGUGUGGUGUCAGCAUUGAAAAUGGCUACUGUCAGUGGUCUGGCGUGAAGCCAGGACAGAGUGUUUACCAUCUCUUGUGCAGAGAUAGCUGUAAAAUAAUGUAGUGAGUGUUUGACCAGGUGCCUGGCCCCAGCUGCAUCUCCCCAUCUGUGUGGCCGCUCUACCACCAGACACCAUGCCUUUGAGAGCCUGGGCUAACUCAGCAGGAGGCUACAAGUCUUACACGUUCUAUGAUUUAGAAAGUGCUUUUGUGUUUUAUUUGGUGAUUGAUUUUUAUUUAACAUAGUGCUAUACAUUCCAUGGAAUGUUGAAGCAGCAAUGUGGCGUAUAGUUUACAAACAAAUACGAGCUUUUAAGGAAUACUUCCCCCACUAAAUGACAAUGUUAGCAGAUGGUUUUUCCCACAAUUCAUCAAGAAUGUUUUCCGGUUUUUUAUCCUUUCUUUACAUUAUAGGCAUGUUCAAAGUUUUCUUCAAGAAUUCAGAGAAAGUAAUUAACAUACAAAUGGUCAUUUGGGGGGUGAAGUAUUCCUUUAACUGAGUGAAGCCUAAGAUCUUUUUUUUACCUUGAUAAAUGUGCCAUAGAUAUAUCCAUGUUAUGUGUUUUAGAGGAAUAGUUAACUAAAAAGUGUUUAUGUUUUCUUCACCAUGAACUCUGAGGUUAGUCUUCAUCAACCCUCAUGCCUUCUGUAUGGUGGAUACUCUUCAUGGCUCUUCAUGGCCAACAUAUCAGAAUUUGAAAACACACUCAUAGAUACAGUUUGUGUGACACAGUAAAUCAGCCCUGCUAAUGUUGUAAAGAUAUAUGGUAGAAUAAAAUGGGUAAUCGUGAGAUAUGCUCAAAAAUAUUCCACUCGGGCCAGCCAAUGGAAAGACUGUUGGAUAGUGGAGCAGCAUUACCCACCCAAUAAACAGACUGACUAUUGCACUCCUGGACACUUACACUACUUAAGAUCAAGGAACACUGUCUCUGAAGAUGGAUGAAUCGACCUUUGUUAAUAAGCUGGCGUUUUUAAAGCCAUCCAAGAAUGACACUGAAGUGAAAGAUUUUAUGGUGCCAGAUAUCAUAACACGUUUUUAAGCUAUAAUUGUUGAUUUCACUGAAAAAUACAUGUACCAUAAAAGGUCAGUUUCUUGCUGCUACCAGAACACCCAAUGUUCUCUCACAGAUAAAAAGGGAUUGAGAUUCUUAUAGAAUAUUUGAAUUAAUUGCCUUGUAAACCCUUGUGGUAACUGCAUGACUACAAGCCCACUGACAUUGAGGUGAAUUCCUCUGCCCUAUCACUUAUCAGAACAUGUAUUGUUUUGUUUGUAUUUUAUUUUCUGGUACUCAGCUGCAGUUUGUCACUUUUUCUCUCUUUUUCAAAUCGUUCAUAUUUUGCGUGUGUCUUUUAUUACUUAUUGAUUCCAACUUUCAAUGAAUAAAGUGGUUAUCACAGUAA